GCAGGCACUAACGAAGAAGAAAUCAACAAGCUGAAGAAGCAGGUCGAAUCAUUGCGGAUUCACAAUGCGCAAGGUAUUCCUGGGAGCUUCUACUAGUAAGGCGGCGGGAGGGGACGAUGCAUUCCUGGCUCGCAUGAUGCAGGAACAAGAGAUGAUGAAGCAACGAUUGGAGACAGCGAUGAAAGCAUGCCAAAAAAUGGAGAGCUUGGAGGAGGAGAUUCAAACAUUGAAGAAGUCACAAGAGGAAGCGGUGAUGGAAGCCAAAAAUUGGAAGAGGGAGGCGCUGAAAUCGGGGAACAAGCGUAGCCGUAUUGCUACGUCACCAUCAGCACAUCUCAAGUUGCACACUCUAGAAGUGGAGGCUCUCAAAGAGCUUCGUUUGCAAGAAUUGAAUCGGAGACGUGAGAUGGAGCAGGAGAACGCUAGACUAAAAGAGGAAUUGAGUAAGCGAGAGGCUGCCAAGAAGGAUACGCCCGGAUCCUCUUUUCGGGAACGGUUGGAUGAUGUUGACAAGGAGGAAAGAACAACACACAAGUCCUGUAAAGGGAAGAAGAAGGCUGGGGAGAUCGAUGGCAAUACGGACGUCGAGCGGAAAGUUUUCAUCAGGGGAGCAAAAAAGGAGUUACGAGGUAAGAAGAAAGAUGCAAUCACUAAGAUCUGCCUGAAGGAAGGCGUCAAGUACACCACUUUCAGUGAAACUAUUGCGGAGAUUAUUGCGAAGAGAGUUGAUAGGGCGUUUGGUAAACGACCCGCCAUACAAGAGGUAUCUAAUGACGUGGUUGGUGAUCCGUUGAACGAAGACAAAGAGGAUGGGAGGGAUUCGGCUACUUCUUAGGAUCCCUCACGAGCGCGGCUAACCUAUGGUCGUUGGCUAAUCUGUGUAUGCACUACAGGCUUUCUUCAACUAAGUGUUUGAGGUCAAAAGCUGAUGAUGAGUUGUUUCGAUGGAGUGUCAUUGUGUUAAUAUUUUUGAAGGAAAUUUCGUGGGCACAGAAGUUGUCUUCCUUUAUUUCUCUUUGGUGGCAGUAGGGGGAGGUGGUGCAGGGCCCGCUUAUCUAUGUGCUCCUGUCUCCUUGGUGUAGACAUCUCUAUGUGGGCUGCACAAAACGUGUGUUGUCGGUGAGAUGGAGUGAGCACGUGUACAGGGCGUGUGAUAGUUGUCUGAUAAGUAAGGGUCAACGUAAUGAAAAGUUAUACCGGUG